UUUCCACUUUCAACUGUUAGUAGUUGGUUUUGAUAUAAAGCAGAAGAACACUACACAAAACGGGGAGUAUAGCAGAUAAGGAGGGACGGAGGAAAGUGGACUGAACUCCCUUCUCUCGCUGGGUCAAUUGUCUUCUGAUCUUCUAUCCGUAUCCAUAUCCAGGUUUUUUCAACGUUGAAAUUCGGUUGAAACCCUAACCUACCAGAUCGAGAGAGGUGCGCUUGUUGAUGUCAGAUCUCCCCUUCCGUGGUCGCGAUCGAUUUGAUUUAGGCAAGAUUCUGUUGCUCUAGCUGGAAUCGUCGCAAAGUCGGGUUGUUCGGACGAGUUAGGGUUUCCCAUUUGAUAACUUGAGAGGAACAAUGAACUUUUUAAUGCGAACUGCACAACCUGUGGUUUCGGACCAGCCAGCUGUUAAUGAACCCCCCUUGCAUCCAAAUUCUGCCUUGAAAUCGGCAAUGACCUUAGAGGGCCUUAUUGCUGAAGAUCCAUUUCCGCAAUCAUCCAUAAGUGUAGAUGGUGGUAAAGAGAGUGAUGGGGUUGGAGCUGGAAGCAGCACUGUUGUGGGACAAAGUGCAAACCUUCAAUUUCCUAUCGUUGAGAACUACUCUGUUGUUACUGAAGAUGAAGGAUGGAUUACCAUUCCAUAUAAGGAACUUCCUGAUAACUGGAGUGAUUCAUCAGAUAUACUCACACUUCGCUCCUUGGACCGCUCCUUUGUUUUUCCUGGUGAGCAGAUUCAUAUAUUGGCAUGCUUAUCAACAUCUAACCAGGAUACAGAGCUUAUAACUCCAUUCAGGAUUGCUGCAGUAAUGAGUAAAAAAGGAAUUGGACAAAAGACUAAACCAAAAUAUGACAGUAUGGGAACUGAAUCCAGUUCCAUCACUGAACAAGGAGAAGCAACUCCUGAUAGUCGAAAUAUAGAACAAAAUGGUGACACCCUGCUAACUACAGAGAAAGUUGAUCUACAUGGGGAUAUUUCUGCAAGUGAAUCUCUUCUCAGAAUGGAAGAUCAGAAAAGACGAACGGAAGCACUUCUGGAAAGAUUUAAAAACUCGCAUUUUUUUGUUAGAAUCACAGAAUCAGAUGAGCCAUUUUGGUCAAAAAGAAGUUCAUCAGGAUCAUCUUCUGAAUCAUCUGAGAUGGUUGGGGAAAAGUUAACUGCAAUUGAUUCAGGGGCCAGACAAUCAAGAAAGGAUACUCAACUAAAUGCAGUUAUAGAUAGAGGAAACUUUGAUGCAAGUGUAUCUGGUGGUGUAGCUAGAAAUACUGUUAAGUGCUGCUCCCUUUCUAAUGGGGACAUAGUGGUGCUUUUAGGAGUGAAUGUUGGAGUUGAUUUUUUGAAAGAUCCCAUACUUGAGGUUCUUCAAUUUGAGAAAUAUCGGGACAAAAAAUUAUCUUACAAGGACGGGGACAAUUUCUUUUCAAAUCAGGAUGAUCCAUGUGGGGAACUUCUCAAAUGGUUGCUUCCCCUGGAUAGAACACUUCCCCCUCCAGCUCGUCCAUUAUCUCCUCCCUCAUUGAGUUCCAGUUCAAGUAUUAGCAGCACAUCUUACAAGUCCUCAUUUUCUGCUUCUUCUGGCUCCCAACUAUUUUCAUUUGGUCACUUUCGAAGUUAUUCAAUGUCUUCACUUCCUCCAAAUACUUCACCACCCCAUCCUCAAGUUACCACCUCCAAUUCUAAACCCACUAUUGACCUAGAAGACUGGAAUCACUUUCCACCUCAGUGGUUUGUGAAGAGUCAAGAACCUGGAAGUGAGGGCCUUUUGUCAUUUAGAGGUGUAUCACUUGAACCAGAAAGAUUUUCUGUUCAUUGUGGAUUGGAAGGCAUCUAUAUACCAGGAAAGAGGUGGAGAAGAAAACUAGAAAUUAUUCAACCAGUAGAAAUCCAUUCUUUUACUGCUGACUGCAACACAGAGGACCUCCUCUGUGUUCAGAUAAAGAAUGUUUCUCCAGCACAUACACCAGAUAUUGUGAUAUUUUUGGAUGCUAUAUCAAUUAUUUUUGAGGAAUCUCCAAAAAGUGGAAUGCCUCUGUCCUUACCAGUUGCAUGUAUUGAGGCUGGAAAUGAUCACAGUUUGCCAAAUCUUGCCCUCAGGAGAGGUGAAGAGCACUCUUUUAUUCUCAAACCAGCAACUUCAAUGUGGAAGAACCUUAAAGGUCACAGGGGAAGAAAUUCUCAGCCAUCACAUUUACAGGCUGGAAGUGCAGCAACAAGUAAUCACCUACCCUUUAAGCUUGGUGAAGGAAGGAAAGUUUCUUCAAGUGCUGAUCGCUAUGCAGUUUUGGUGUCAUGUAGAUGCAACUACACUGAAUCAAGGCUGUUUUUCAAGAAACCCACAAGUUGGCGACCACGUGCCCCAAGGGAUCUCAUGAUCUCCGUUGCAUCUGAAAUGUCGGAACAAACUUCUAGGCCUGAUGGAAGAGUUUCUCAGCUUCCGGUUCAGGUUUUAACUCUUCAGACUUCAAAUUUAACAUCAGAAGAUCUAACCUUAACAGUUCUUGCUCCAGCUUCAUUUACCUCACCCCCUACAGUUGUCUCCCUGAAUUCUGCACCAUCAACACCAAUGAGUCCGUUUGUUGGUUUUUCUGAGUUUGCAGGAAGAGUGGGUGGUGAGAGGCGUGGUAAUGGUGUGCAGAGGUUGAGCUCAACUCCUCUUGUACCUGAUAAUCGAAAGGAGAGUGCUAAUGAUGGAGGAAGAUUUGCUUCCUCUAAUGAUCAGGCUGUUUCUGUCUCUGAUGUCAUUCCAAGUUCUGGUUUAGGCUGUACACAUUUAUGGUUUCAGAGUACAGUUCCUUUGGGAUGCGUUCCUUCUCGGUCCACUGCUACUGUUAAGCUUGAGUUGCUCCCCUUGACAGAUGGAAUUAUUACACUUGAUACUCUGCAGAUUGAUGUUAAAGAGAAAGGUCUUACCUAUAUCCCGGAGCACUCUCUAAAGAUCAAUGCAACUUCCAGUAUUGCAACAGGGAUCAUGUGAUAUUUCAAUCGCAUUCACCUUUUUCUGAAUAUAUUCUUGCCAACAUGUUCAUUUUACAGUUAGCAGAUUUGUUCAGGCAGUUUAACAGCUAUAUACUGUGGAUGGUUAUCGUCAAGGAAAUGCCGAUGGUUUAAAUCUUGAGGAGUGCAUGGGAGCUGAAAUGUUAAAAUUCUUUCCAGAAAUAGGACCCGAUCUAUUGGAGGCAGUUGAGUGGUCCCAUGUUCAUUUAAUCCAUAGAUUUGAUAUUGUAAACCAUCACCUGAGAAUGACAUUUAUUCCCAAUUCCCUUUGUGCAGGGAAAAAGAUAAUCAGAAUGUAUACCACCAUGUAAAAGGAUAGAGUUCUGUGAAUGUAGCACUCAUUUUUAUCCCAAAUAAAAUCAGAUACUCCAUAAUGUUUUCGAUUUUAA